AUGAUGGAAAAAUUAGGUUUUCACAAGGUUUCGAAUAACCCUGGCCCGGGAAAUCCGGUGAUUCAUCACAAUCAGCCCCCGCAUCAUCAACCGAAAGUCGUACCUUUCAAUAGAAUGAUGUUGAAAGUUGACAAUGCUCCAGGCAACAAUGUCGCCUUGGCCAACUUGAUUGCCUUGAACCCAAAGGACGUUCCUCAAGCUUCAGACGGACAACACGUUUUGUUGGACAGAACUUUCGUUUACAGCAUACAAAAGACCCCAGAUCAACCCCAGGGCACUGUCGGGUUAGCUGGACACGUGAGAAGAUGGUGCAAGACAUCCUUAGGGCAGCCUGUUCUGAUCGAAUCAUUUAACCUCUUUGAGCAGCCAGGAGAUAAUACUCAUUAUCUUGGAGAGGUUGAUUUGGUCAUCGACUUUCUUAGUUCUUCAAAGGCUAGAGACGUGCACUUGAGCGAAGAGAAGCUUGCUGAGGUGUUCAAAGCCAAGUUUGAGAAUCAGAUUUUGCAACCAUCCCAGCCGGUGGUAAUGGACUUUGAAGGUUUUAUUUUCAUUGCUUAUGUUCACGGCGUUCAGGUGAUUGACUUGGCUCAAUUGGGUUCCUCAGAAAGAACAAUGUCCGAGGACUUAGGCACUAAGGGUAUUUUGAUCAAAAGCACCAACAUCAAUUUUUUCGGUGCCGAAAACACAAGGAUCAAAUUGAUCAAGAAAAGAGGAGCCAAGACUUCGUUGGCAAACAAGCCUCGUGCCAACCCUAUUAUCAAUCCUGACUUCAAGUUAGAAAACAUGGGAAUUGGUGGUUUGGAUACCGAAUUCCAGCAAAUCUUCCGUAGGGCUUUCGCCUCACGUAUCAUCUCACCAGACCUUGUGGAGAACUUGGGUUUGCGCCACGUAAAGGGCCUUUUGCUUUACGGUCCACCCGGUACUGGUAAGACGUUGAUCGCUCGCCAGAUCGGAAAAAUGUUGAACGUUAAGGAACCCAAGAUUGUCAAUGGUCCAGAAAUGCUCCUGAAAUAUGUUGGUUCCUCAGAAGAAAACAUCAGAAACUUGUUCAAGGAAGCAGAACAGGAGUACAAGCUCAAGGGUGAGUCUUCCCAAUUGCACAUCAUUAUUUUUGACGAGUUGGAUUCUGUAUUCAAACAAAGAGGCAGUCGUGGUGAUGGCACUGGUGUGGGCGACAAUGUGGUCAAUCAGCUUUUGGCUAAGAUGGACGGUGUGGACCAAUUGAAUAAUAUAUUGAUUAUUGGUAUGACAAAUCGAUUGGACUUGAUCGAUAACGCUCUUUUACGUCCUGGUCGUUUUGAGAUCCAAAUUGAGAUCUCGUUGCCCGAUGAGAAGGGACGUAAAGACAUCUUGUUGAUUCACACCAAAAAAAUGAAGGACAAUGACUUACUCGGAGAUGAUGUCGACUUUGACGAAUUGGCCAGCUUGACCAAGAACUUCACCGGUGCUGAAUUGGAAGGGUUGGUUAACUCUGCUUCAUCUUUCGCCAUAAAUCAGUACACUAAGAGUGAGAAUAUCGCCAAAGUUGACCAGAACAUUGCCAAGAUGAAAUUGACACGGAACGAGUUUUUGCUUGCUCUCAACGAAGUCAAGCCCGCGUUUGGUGUGAAUGAAGAAGACUUGAACUUGAAUUUCCCUUACGGUGUCAUUGAGUACAACAGACGUAUCCACUCUAUUUUCGAAAGAUUAACGUCUUAUAUUGAAGAAGUCAAGAAUUCUGAUUCUGAGAGACUUAUUAGUGUGUUAUUGCACGGCGAGCCUGGCGUUGGUAAGACAGCAAUUGCGUCGAUGAUAGCGCUACAAUCCGAGUUCCCAUAUAUCAAGAUGCUCAGCGCUGAAAACUUGGUUGGCAUGUCGGAGGCGAUGAAGAUUGCAACCAUUGACAACACGUUUAGAGACAUUUACAAAUCACCACUCAACGUUUUGGUUAUAGACAAGAUUGAGACGUUGAUCAACUACGUUCCCAUUGGCCCACGUUUCUCCAAUGAGAUUUUACAGAUGUUGAUUGUAAACUUGAACAAAAAGCCACCGGGAGGACGCAGAUUGCUCAUCAUAGGUACAACAUCGCAGUACUCCGUGUUGAAGCACAUGACCUUGGCUGAAAACUUCACCAAGACGAUUGAGGUUAAGAAAAUCACGGAAAUCUCGGAGGUGAAAGCUGUGUUCGACGAAAUGAACUUUAUGCUGCCCGGAGAAAGAGAGCAAGUGCUUGAACAAUUGAGUCGUUACGGGGACGGCAAGUUGGACAUUGGAAUCAAGACCUUGAUACAGGUGAUGAACAACUGCAAGUACCUCAAGGCCGAUGUCAACUUGGCCGUAGAAAACAUUCUCGAAGCACAGCUCCAAUGA